ACUUCCACUCUACAGUAUAUACCUUUCUCUGAGUCUGUCUGCAGGAGAUAGAGGGACACCCAGCCUCUCGGGUCCAAUCUGUGAGCAUAGCCAUGGGGCCUAGCUCAUUUCUUGCCUGUAAUCAGAUUAGCAGGUACUGAGCAGCUUUAGUUAGGCUGCACUGGAGGAAGGCAGGGGAUGUCUGUUUAGUAUUAGCCGUUAGCCAGUUUGCUAUUAGCGUUACUGCUGGAGACUAGAGGGGAGCUGUUUAGAGACUCUGCUCCACUCUGACUGCACAGAGAGAACCAACACUGCACUGCAGCCUCUACCACGCGCUACUACUGCUGAUCGGGAAUCAGCUCCCUCACUCUCCUCUUUCUCUCCCUGUCCCUCUUUCUCUAUCGCUACCUGACUCUGGGUCCUCCCUCCCUUCUCCUUCUGCCUCUCUCUCUCUCUCUCUCUCUCUCUCUGUGCUGAGGGCAGCUCGUCCCGGGGCACCGACUGACUGCGUUUUUUGUUUCUCUGCAUCACCUUGCAGUCAGUUGCCUGCCUGCGGGUCGGACCUCAGCGCUGCUCUCUUUCUCUAUCCCUCUCUUCUAUCUGUCCUCUGUACCUACCUGGUCUUGCAAGAAUGUAUCGGAACGCAAACCCGUGGAUCUCAAACUACCUGAGCCAUGUCAAGUUCUGCAGACAAGGACUUGGGAGUGAGACCCCCAUCAAACUUGGAAACGCAAGACUUCUACAGAAGACGGCUCUCGGCUUCCAGAAAGAGUUUUCGUUCGAGGGGAAGGACGACCCAGCCAAGAACACCAAGGAUAUAGAUGUCAAGCUCUUGGCAAAACUCCCCAAAGUUUCAGAAUUGAGGAAGCGUUUUGAAAGCAUCAGCCCAAGCACUAGCUGGGAAAUGAACAGGAAAGAGAGGAUUGCCCGGAGGUUGGAGGGUAUAGAAAGUGAGGUGCAGCCCGCCAUAUUACCCAGCUGCCCCGGCCUAGUGACCAAUCGGCUGCUAGAGGAAGACACACCCCGUUACACACGUGCCUCGGACACCUGUGACCCCUGUGUCGUGCAGUGUUACAGUAGGGAGGACCUGGAGAGUCCAGAGAUGAUGACCCAUCAGCAGAUCACUGCUCCAGAGAGGCAGUCCAGAGCCCGGAGCCGGCCUGAGGGCCAGACCGUCCCAACUGAACCCAUUUACAGCUCUGACUCCGCAGGUACCGACCUGGACUCCAAGGCAGAUCGGAUUGCUCGCUACAAGGCGGAACGGCGUCGACAGCUGGCCGAGCGCUACGGUAUGUCUCUGGACCAGGAACCAGACGCCACCACCGAUCACUUCUCCUCCCGAUCUGGCUCCGCCCGUGUUCGCAAGGAGUCUGACAUCUCUUCGGUGAGGCAGCAGGGCUACUCAAAUGUCAAGCCACGCCCCAGGGCGGAGUCUGUGGGGGAUGAACCCUCCUACACCUCAGGCAGCUCCAGGGUGGGGAGAGUGGCCCCCCAGCCACAAGGCUCCGGCGAGCCUGGCCAGGGGCGACCCAGGGUGGACUCGUUCACGGAGAGGGAGAGGGUGAUGAACCUGGAGAACCAGCGCAGGGCGGGGCAGCAGGAGAGGAACAUCAGUGCCCUCGAGCCGCCGCUUCCCUCUUCAGCCAGCUACAUGGAUGUGACGUCAUCGUCGCCCACCUCGGCCAAGGUGCCCGUCGCUAACGACUACACCAUCACAGGGGUGCCCCCCAGCUCGCCCAAGACGACCCGGAAGUCCUCGCUGCCCUCCCCCAAACAGGGGGUGUCCCCUGGGGAUCUGUUCAUAGAGCAGCAGGCCCACAACAUCCUCGGCAGACAGGGCCCGGAGGUGAAACUAACCAGCAAUUGGUUCCUCCAGACCGAUUCAGAAGGCAACACCCAAUCCCUUAUCAACUGGCCCUCCAGAAUCAGAGUUAGGGAGAGACUCGUCAGGGAGGAGGGAAUCCGACAGAGUCCAGAGCUGGGCCACCGUGUUGCUGAGGCCCCCCUGUACAGGAGACACCCCCAGCCCCGGGCCACCACCUGCCCCACAGCCCACCACCAUGACCCCCAGGCUCCACCCUACACCACCACCAACCCUCCAGGCCCACAGCCAGCCUACUCUCACCCCCAGCCUCAGCUCACCCGUUCUGGGCUGAUUGAUGACCCCAGCUAUCUGUCCAUGGACACCGGCCCCGGUCCAAAGGCACAGCAGCCCCAACAGCCUCAGCCGGAGGAGGAAGAGGAGAUAGAGGGAGAGGUGGAUGAGGAGAGGAGGGGCGCCCAUAGGGAGGGCAGACAGGAAGUGAGGACGGAGGGACUACUGAAGAGCAGGAAAGCUGUGCUGCCAUCGGAGAUCAGACGCAGGGAGAAGAGCACAGAGGACCCGCGUGGCAGCGGCCCCAGGAGGGGCAGCAGGGGAGAGGAGGAGCAGGCUGGCUACAGCAGGGCCCGAGAAGGGCAAGGAGUAGGACACGGGAGGAAGGCUGAGCCGGAGGGGCCCAGAGGAGGGUGCAUGGGAGGAGGGAGAACCAGGAUGAGACUGGAGGAACCAGACCCUGAACCAAUCAGACCUACAGGGGAACAUGUCUCCCGCCUGCUGGCCGCAGAGGUCAGAGCCUCAGAGGAGCGCCAACAACCGUGGAAUGACGACGCCAUUUACAUUCAGACCAGGGGAGGAGCCAUGACCACAGACGCUCCCGUCUCCUCCAGGCGCCCCACGUCGGACACUGGGGCCCCUAGAGGCUCCAUCCCCAAGACCCAAGAACCAGGGCCAGGGUGGGUCAGAGAGGCAGCAGUCCUGCAACAAUGGGCCAGUGAGGAUGGGGUCAGUAACGGAGACCAGAGCCCACCAGAGACCAGGGACGCUCGUGUAUCUGUAGCCAAGCUUCGCCACUCCUACCUGGAGGGUGCUACGACUGCUACUGCCCCAGUCGUCAGGAAACCGAAGCUGGAGGAAGAGGUAGAUUGGGUGUACCCGGGGGGUACGGGGGUCCCCUGGAGAGGGCAGCGGGACAGUACGGAUGUCCCGUGGAGGGGAGACAGGGGGCGCAGGCCCAGACUCUACAUCUCCCCUGGAGAGAGUAGAAAGACUUCCGAGAGGUUUAGGACCCAGCCCAUCACCUCGGCUGAGAGACAGCUGUCUGAUAGGUCUAGUUUGGGCCCAGAUCUACCCAGCACUGAAGCGGAUGAAGAGAAGUUGGAUGAGAGGGCCAAGUUGAGUGUUGCAGCCAAGCGGUCUCUCUUCAGGGAGUUGGAGAGGAACACUGACGGGGGAGCCCCCAAACCCCAGUCCCGGAACUCGGCCAUCGAGAGGCGACUGAGACGCAUCCAGGACCGCUCCCGUACCCAGCCAGUCACCACUGAGGAGGUGGUCAUUGCUGCCACUGUCCCGACUCCCUCGUCACAAACUGUGUCUGUCGAUACGACCCUAGCACGCAUACCGAGCCCCACACUAGUCAGCUGCACUGUGACACCGUACAGCCUGCAGGCGUCCUCACAGCGGAGCGCUGCGACCAAGGAGCAGGCCAGGGAGGCACGGCGGGUCCAGGAUGCCCUGGAGGUCCAGAGGGAGGGGCAGCACACCACCUCCAUGCUCCUCCAGACCACCUCCUCUCCCCCCGAGGAGACCCAGGCCCAGCACUAUCAGGGUCAUGGGGACGCAGAGCCAGAUCUGUCCACCCUCAGCCUGGCAGAGAAGAUGGCUCUGUUCAACAGGCUGGCCCAGCCUGCUACCAGGGUGACCCGGACCAGGCCUGAUACCAGGGGGCGCAGGGCCAACGCCCGCUACCAGACCCAGCCCAUAACCCUGGGAGACAUGGAGCAGGACCCCUCAGACACAGACACUUUUGAUGAACAGGAGCUGUGUGACGAGGGCCCAGUAGAAGUCCCUCAGGGCCAGAGUGACAUUACACAAAUCCAAGCCGGAGCCAGGUUCGACCAGCUGUCCUCAUCAGCUCUCAGACCUGGGGCCACGGUCUCCACAGACCACGCAGGGGACAACCACCUGGCCAGGGAUUGCGGGGGUAGCCCUGCCGAGGCCGCUCUCGCUGCACCCAACCCUGGGUACUACGAGAGCUCCAUCCCCCGCCACACCAGUCCUCCCACCCAGAUCACAGAACCCUUCAGUGCCGUCUGGAAGUCUGUGCCCGGCCCCCACCACCAGGCCUCUCUGGAUCUCCAAAGCCACCAGGCUGACACGACCACAGUCCUCCCCCAAGAAGAGGAGCACGGUCUGGGAGGAGGGAAGAGGAAGCUGCCCUCUCCAGAGGGAGUUGUCAGACAGGCGCCCCUGUCCCAGCCUCCGGCCUGGUCUGGGGAGACGGAGUGGGAGGAGGUGCAGCGUGUAGCCAGGAGAGGUGAGGGUGUGGAGCCCCAGCGCUCGUUGAUGAGAUCAGAGAGCCAGGACCAGAGACUGCACCAGGAGCAGAGGGGCUAUCUAAGACCGUUAUCACAAGAACUGCAGGACCCAGAUAGACUUGGGUCAAAGGUCAUCAGCACUGACCUGCCGGAGCCCAGCGUGUCAUCGCUGAGAACAGCAGUAACAGCAGGGCCACUAAGGAGUGUGUCUCUCACUCCACACACACAGCUGUCUCAGGAGCUGGGCGGAGCGGACACGCACACGGACCGCAGCAGUGGUCUGGGACACACACACAGCCUGGUCCAGUCGGAGCAGGAGGACAUGGAGCUCUCCGAAGCCAUGUCAGCUAGACAGAUGUCCAUCAAAGACAGGCUGGCCCUAUUGAAGAAGAGUGGCGAGGAGGACUGGAGGAACAGGAUUAAUAAGAAGCAGGACGUGGUGAAGGUGGCCGUGUCAGAAUGCCACGCUCAGCUAUGGGAGGUGGAGCAGAGCUUCAAGAAGGAGGAAGGGAUGAUGAUGAUCGAUGAGUUGGCUGUGUCUGAUCAGCUCUGGGAGCCGGUCUUUUCCACCCCUUUCUCUCCUCCUCCUGAUCUCCCUGACGGUGAUCUAAGUGUCGAUCAGUACAGCCAGGCUACCAGCCCCCCCACCUCGAGCAUCUUCAGCCCCCCCACGUCCACAGUGACCAGUCCCUCUAUGGCUAGGGAUGAGAGGCACCCCUGGAGACGGAAGCAGAGGAUGGGUGGAGGAGAGGAGACCCAGAGCCGCCGUAUAGACAUGUCUAUCCUGGAGAGGAAGCAGCUGAUCGUGGCCCGAGAGGAGGCCUGGAAGUCCAAGGGCCUCGGGGCUGCCAACGACUCCACGCAGUUCACCGUGGCCGCACGCAUGGUCAAGAAAGGUCUGGCUUCUCCUUCAGCUCUCAUCAACAGCCCUGUCAUGUCUCUCCUCUCCAAACCCAAGAACACCACUCCUGCCAUCUCCAAGCCUCUAGAAGAGAUCGAGGCAAAACCGGACAUGAACCUGGAGUCAGACAGGAAGUUGGAUAAGCUGGAGUCUUUCCUGGGCAGGUUGAACAGUAAAGUGGGUGGCCUGCGGGAGUCCACCAUCACGGUGACGGAGAAGACGGUCAAAGAGGUCAUGAACUUGGAUGAUGAGAUGUUUGAUAAGUUCUACCGCCAAGUGGCUGAGAUGCCCCUGAACAUGAACAGCAAGGUGGACAUCAACGAUGACUUUGACGACAUUUUCGGUGGUACACAGAUGCCCAAGCUGACCUCCGCCAUGGUGCAACACAAGCGGUCCGUGCGUCCGGUGCGCAACGUCCAGUCGUCCAGGAACCCUCUGAAGAUGCUGGCGGCCAGAGACGACAUCAGACAAGAGUACACGGAGCAGAGACUCAACAUCGGCCUGCUGGAGAGCAAGAGGAUGAAGGAGGAGAAGAUGAGUAAGAACAGUGGAUUCUCGGAGGUGGCUCUGGCUGGGCUGGCCAGUAAAGAGAAUUUUAGCAGCGUCAACCUGCGGAGCGUCAACAUCUCCGAGCAGAUGUCCAACAACAGCGCCGUGCCCUACAAGAAACUCAUGCUCAUGCAGGUCAAAGGCCGACGGCACGUCCAGACCAGACUAGUGGAGCCCAGAGUGUCCUCUCUGAACAGCGGGGAUUGCUUUCUGCUCAUCACUCCUCAUCACUGCUUUGUCUGGACUGGAGAGUUCGCCAACGUCAUCGAGAAGGCUAAGGCUGCUGAGUUGGCCCAGUUCGUUCAGACCAAGAGAGAUCUGGGUUGCCGUGCCAACUAUGUAGAGCUGAUCGAGGAGGGCAUCAACACACACAGCUAUGCUGCCAAGGAGUUUUGGAAGAUUCUGGGCGGACAGGCCAGCUACCAGUCCGCGGGGACGCCAGACGAGGAUGAGCUGUAUGAGAGCGCCAUCGUAGAAACCAACUGCAUCUACCGCCUAGUGGAUGACAAACUGGUCCCCGAUGACGAUUUCUGGGGGAAGGUUCCCCGAUGCACCCUGCUCAGCCCCAAACAGGUGUUGGUGUUGGACUUUGGCAGUGAGGUGUAUGUCUGGCACGGUAAGGAGGUGACUCUGGCCCAGAGGAAAGUAGCCUUCCAGCUGGCUAAACACCUGUGGAACGGAACCUUCGACUACACCUGCUGUGACAUCAACCCCCUGGACCCUGGAGAGUGCAACUCACUCAUACCCAGGAAGGGCCAGGGCCGUCCGGACUGGGCUGUAUUUGGGAGGUUGACACAACACAAUGAGACCACCCUGUUCAAGGAGAAGUUCCUGGACUGGACAGACUCCAAGAAGAAAGGCACAACCAAAAACGGCCACGAACACCUCAACGAACACAAGGAGCAACAGAGCUCGGAACAGAAUACGCCGCGGUCCUACGAUGCGUCCUUGAUGCUGCCGUUACUCCAGACCCCGGUGCGCACGGUGCUGGAUGGGGUGGACGUGGGUCGGGGCUACGGCCCUGUGGCGGGGGACGACCGCAGGCACUUUGAGAUCAGUACCACUGCCGUGGACGUAUGGCACAUCCUGGAGUUCGAUUACAGCCGGCUGCCCAAGCAGAGUAUCGGACAGUUCCAUGAGGAAGACACGUACGUGGUGAAAUGGAAGUACAUGGUGAGCACCGCAGUUGGGAAGAGACAUAAUCCGGACGCAGUGAGGAGUGCAGGAGCUGGGAAGGAGAAGUGUUCCUAUUUCUUCUGGCAGGGACGGAAUUCUACCGUCAACGAGAAGGGAACGUCCGCUCUGAUGACUGUCGAACUGGACGAGGAGAGAGGAGCGCAGGUCCAGGUGCAGCAGGGGAAAGAGCCUCCAUGUUUCCUGCAGUGCUUUAAUGGAGGGAUGGUGGUCCAUGCAGGGAAGAGAGAAGAGGAGGAGGAGAACUCUCAGAAUGACUGGCGGUUGUACUGUGUGCGUGGUGAGGUCCCUGUGGAGGGUCACCUGCUGGAGGUAGCGUGUCACUGCAGCAGCCUGCGCUCCCGCACCUCUAUGGUGCUGCUCAGUGUCUCCAAGGCAACCAUGUACUUGUGGCACGGCUGCAAGGCUCAGCUCCACACCCGCGACGUGGGGAGCACCACCGCCAACAAGAUCAAAGAGCAGUGUCCAUUGGAGGCGGGCCUCCACAGCAGCAGCAAGGUGACCAUCCAUGAGUGUGACGAGGGGACAGAGCCUACGGGAUUCUGGGAGGCUCUGGGGAGGAGAGAUCGGAAAGCCUACGACUGCAUGAUACAAGAUCCAGGGAAGUUCAAUUUCACCCCUCGUCUCUACCAGCUGAGCAGCACGUCUGGAGAGUUUGUAGCUGUGGAGUUCUUCUACCCAGCCAGAGUAACAGAGGCGGUCAACUCACUGCCCUUCCUACAGGAGGACCUCUACAAUGCCUCACAACCAGGCCUGUUCCUGGUAGACAACCACCAUGAGGUGUACCUGUGGCAGGGCUGGUGGCCCCAGGAUGGCGAGAGCCCCGGCUCUGCCCGUAUCCGCUGGGACGCGGACAGGAAGUGUGCCAUGGAGACGGUGCUGCAGUACUGCACAGAGAAGAAUGAGAAGAAGCCUCCCAAGUCAUAUCUGAUCCAUGCGGGACUUGAACCUCUAACCUUCACCAACAUGUUCCCCUGCUGGGAACACAGAGAGGACAUCGCUGAGAUCACUGAAAGGGAGGCGGAGGUGUGUAACCAAAUCAUCCUGGUAGAGGACGUGUUGGCACGGCUGUGUAAGACCACCUACCCCCUGGCGGACCUGCUGGCGCGGCCCCUACCCGAGGGAGUGGACCCCUUACGCCUGGAGAUCUACCUAGACAAUGAUGACUUUGAGGGUGUAGGGGCUUAUGGGAAGAAAGGGCUGGAGAUGUCAAGGGAUGAGUACGAGCUGUUGCCAGGCUGGAAGCAGGUGAAUGUGAAGAAAGCCAAAGGAUUGUUUUAGUACGUUGGACAGAACGCUUAACCACCGGACAGCAGCAUCAUCAUCAGCAAGCGACGGUCGGUCGCUGAGGUGCAUCGGGGUUCGAUUGGAACGAGGACCCGCCACUGAGAACUCUUUAGUUUGACCAAGAACGCCUUCACUUCUGGACUGGAGAGAGCUCGGAAACAGGCUCUUCUGAGUACCCUUCUCCACGAUGGAGGGAGGAAGGAGGAGAGAUGCAGUGGGUGGAGGGAGUGAAAGAUCAGCAGAGGUGUGCAAGCCUCUUGUAGUCUUUUUUUCUUUUAUUGGUAUUGUUGGUUCCCAUUGUUGAUUUGUAUUAUAAUUAUAAAUGGAGAUAAUUCAGAGACGUGUGUGUGUGUGUGAGUGAAUGGACUCUUGAGUGGAUGUUUAUGUAAUGUCAGCACCCGGCUUGUUAAAUCUACACAGUAUGUGUGGUUGUCCGUGUGUGUGUGUGUGUGUGUGUGUGUGUGUGACCAUGCCUUUACAGUAUCAACCAUACAGGGUCUGUCAGUUGUUCUGGGAGCAGGAAAACCACUCUGCUCGACACACUCCGAACAGACUCUUUCUGUAAGCUGUUUCUUUGGUGUGUUUGUCUUUCCAAAAAUAAUUUAUAUUUAUAUUGACAUAUAUAAUAGGAAUAAAAAAGCCUUUUGAGUAUUCAGUCGGUGAGCUAAGAAAUGAAAUAAAUGUUUGUGUUAUUCAUGUUGAGGUUGUCAUAUGUUAAUAGUGGGACAAUAAUGCUCCUUUCCCCCAGAGACUGUACAUGUCGCCAUUUUAUUGAAGAAAUCCUGUAUCUAGUGCAUUCUGUUGUAUCUGUUGUUAUUGCUAUGAGGAUGUCCUGCAUCGGUCAGGUGCUCAGAUUGAAGAGAAGUGUUAUAUUUUACGGGCAUGAAUUGACAGAAAUAAAAAGAGAAAGGAGAAGGAUCUUUCUAUUUGAAUUCAACAAUGUAUAGUGCCUUGCUUUGAUGUACACUUUAUAUACAGGAAGACGGUAGUCUGUGUUAUAAAGACUCCCUUUGUGAUAUAAAGUAUAUUGGAGAAAUAAACACUUAAAGUAAAUCUGA